AGUUGAGUGUGCUAAGUUAGUCAUCACAGAGUGGCCGAGGGUCAGAGGAGGCUUUCAAUAAGUUAUAUACAUCUUUUUUGUCUGGGUAAUAAACGUAUUUGUUGUGUCCGUCCGGGGACAGGAACUCUGUGAAACAUGGCUGCUCUUUCAGCCUGGUUUUGGAACGAGAGAUUUUGGCUGCCACACAACGUAACCUGGGCGGAUCUGGCGGACCCAGCUCCCGGGGUGGAGUAUCCUAAAGCUGGACACUUGUUUACUGCUUUACCGGUGGCUUUGGGAAUUUUCGCCGUCCGGAUAUUCUUUGAGAGAUUUAUUGCCAGUACCUGUGCCCGGAGUCUCCACAUUCAGCCAGAUAUUGGAAGAAGAGCUCAACCCAAUGCAGUGCUGGAGAAAGUGUUUACAUCCAUCACAAAGAAUCCAGACUCUCGCCAUCUGGAUGGUCUCUCUAAGCAGCUGGACUGGGAGGUGCGAAAGGUCCAGCGCUGGUUCAGACAUCGCAGGAACCAGGAUAAACCAAGCACACACACUAAAUUCUGCGAAAGCAUGUGGAGGUUUACAUUUUAUUUGUGCAUUUUUACCUAUGGGUUCCGUUUUCUCUGGCAGUCACCUUGGAUGUGGGAUACACGGCGUUGCUGGUAUGGCUACCCCUAUCAGGUGAUGACUCCAGGUCUUUACCACUACUACAUAUCAGAACUGGCUUUCUACUGGUCACUCAUGUUCUCCCAGUUCACCGACAUUAAAAGAAAGGACUUUCUGAUCAUGUUCAUCCAUCACCUCGCCACAGUCGGUCUCAUCAGCUUUUCUUAUGUCAACAACAUGGCGCGAGUGGGAAGCCUGGUGCUAUGUGUCCAUGAUGCUUCUGACUUUCUGCUGGAGGCGGCCAAGCUGGCCAACUAUGCCAAGUAUCAGCGAUUGUGUGACUUCCUCUUCAUCGUGUUUAGUGUGGUAUUCUUCAUCACUCGACUUGUUAUAUAUCCAGUAUGGAUCUUGAACUCCACUAUGUUUGAGAGCUGGGCCAUAGUGGGGCCGUUCCCCUCCUGGUGGCUCUUCAACUUCCUACUGCUGGUUCUCCAAGUUCUACAUGUCAUCUGGUCCUACCUCAUAGCCCGGAUAGCUGUGAAAGCAAUGCUACGGGGAAAGGUGUGUAAUGACGUCCGCAGCGACAUUGAAAGCAGCUCAGAAGACGAGGUUGACGCACCCACAGAAGGCCACAAGGCCUCUUCUCAUUCCACUAAAACAGGAGAAAACGGCACCAACGGACACUGCGCCUCCAUCGCCAAACCUCGAGUGCAAAACCACAGCAGCUGGUGACACGGAGGCUGACGCCGGUAGCACCCUGCACUUCAUCCGUCUGUCACGUCUCCAAGAGCUGUCUGUCUUAUGACGUUCCCCUUGAUGUACAAGGCUCACGCCCACAUACACACACACACACACAUACACACACACACACAUACAAACACAGUUGUCACAUUUUACACUGACAGUGACUGUGCACAGAUUCUUACGUUGGUGAACUGAUGAUGCAAAUGCAGACACUGACAAUGGAUACAGAAGCUCCAGGAGCUCUGGGAGUAAUGACGCAUACAACUCGAGGUGACACGAAAACAGAAAUGAUCUGAAAAUCAGUUGAAGAAAGUGAUUUGCAUAACCUUAUUUACAGACAAUGGGAUUUAUUUUGUGCUGAGUUUGGCUGCAGAUACUGAUUGGUUUCAAUGUUCUCUCCCAGUUUUAUUGGUCAGAUGAACUUGAUUUUUUUUUGUGUUUUAUUUUGUAAGGACUAAUCCACACUAUAUCACACAGAGCGAGAGGUGCUACUGGGGUGGGUUCAAACCUGCGUAUAUGUUGCACCUGAGACUGCAUCCCAAUUAUAUAUAUCAGAAUUAAAUAACUGUAUUCUAUCAGAAUUAUUAAAAGUAUGUAUGUGUGGUCAGAAGUGCAGUAAGCUUUAAUUUUCACAAAGCAGCACUUCUUGCUCUUUGCAAUUUAUUGUGGAUUUACUCUUUAACAUUGUUUGGCUACUUUGUUUAGUUCUGUUUUACCAUUUUUUUUUUACUACUCCUGAGACCAAAUGUUUAUGAAACUUUGUCACUGUCUAUAGUGGAAUCCAGGUAUAAGGACUAUACUAAAUGUCUGGCAUCACGUUCUCACUUGAGUGCCUUGUAAAAAUGCAUUUCCAAAUAUAUUCCUUCAUUGAAAUACAUCCUCUUUCUUAUAGUCGUGUACAUAAACCUCACAUUACACUAUGUGGUUAAAGGCAUUUAAUAUAAUACAAACAAUUCCAGCUGUGAUCACCAAAGACAAGAUGUGGCUCACAACACUGUCGUGACCCAAAUCAUGGAUGCAAAUAAGGUUUUUUCUCAGUUUGCUUCAUA